CUUCAAAAUGACUAAAUUCCUUUUCUCCACUAUCCAAAAGAAACAAUCCGAAAAUGGCGGCUUCUGUUGAUAACCGUCAGUUCCGUAGCCUAAACGGCGUGGCACACAACUUCAACUCCGGCAACAACUGCAGCCACAACCUAAAACCAGGAUUUCCGGUCGAUUUUAAUUCCUUCAGCAGCGAUGAGGAAAGCGAUGACGCAUCAAACCUCCAGGAACUCAUAGGAAAAACGAACGCGGAAAUUGAACCGUCUAUUCAAGACCCACGAGACGAAGGGACAUUAGACAACUGGAUUACACGAAACGCUUCCAUGGUCCGUCUCACAGGGAAACACCCCUUUAACUCAGAACCGCCCCUUCCUCGUCUCAUGCACCACGGUUUCAUUACCCCAGUUCCAAUCCACUACGUUCGAAACCACGGUGCAGUCCCAAAAGCUCGUUGGGAAGACUGGACCGUCGAAGUAACGGGUCUAGUUAAAAACCCAACCCGAUUCGCUAUGGACCGGCUCGUUCGCGAGUUUCCAAGUCGCGAGUUUCCUGUUACAUUAGUCUGCGCUGGUAACCGACGCAAAGAACAGAACAUGGUGAAACAAAGCAUUGGAUUCAACUGGGGAGCCGCAGCGGUUUCAAACUCCGUCUGGCGCGGGGUUUCUUUACGCCACGUGCUUAAACGCUGUGGCAUCCACGCGCGUUCCAAGGGUGCAGUUCAUGUUUGUUUCUAUGGCGCUGAGGAUUUGCCUGGUGGUGGUGGGUCCAAGUAUGGAACAAGUAUCAAGAGGGAAAUUGCUAUGGACCCUUCGCGUGAUGUUAUUCUUGCUUAUAUGCAGAAUGGAGAGGCUUUGACUCCUGAUCAUGGUUUUCCUGUUCGUGUUAUUAUACCUGGUUUCAUUGGCGGUCGUAUGGUUAAAUGGCUUAAACGAAUUGUUGUUACUUCUGAUGAAUGUGAUGGUCAUUACCAUUAUAAAGAUAAUAGAGUAUUUCCUUCUCAUGUUGAUGCAGAACUCGCAACCGAAGAAGGAUGGUGGUACAAGCCGGAAUAUAUUAUUAACGAGCUGAACAUAAAUUCGGUGAUUACGACGCCGUGUCAUGACGAGAUAUUGCCCAUAAACUCAUGGACUACGCAGAGGCCUUAUACACUGAGAGGGUAUUCAUAUUCCGGGGGUGGAAGGAAGGUGACACGUGUUGAGGUAACAAUGGACAGUGGAGAAUCGUGGCACGUGUGCGCAUUGGACCACCCAGAAAAACCAACCAAAUACGGGAAAUAUUGGUGCUGGUGCUUCUGGUCUUUAGAAGUAGAGGUACUGGACCUACUUGGGACCAAGGAGAUUGCUGUCCGCGCAUGGGAUGAGGCCCUCAACACCCAGCCUGAAAACCUCGUUUGGAAUGUUAUGGGAAUGAUGAACAACUGCUGGUUCAGGGUAAAAACAAACGUGUGUAGGCCCCACAAAGGCGAAAUCGGAAUAGCAUUUGAACACCCAACACAACCAGGUAACCAAUCAGGUGGUUGGAUGGCAAAAGAAAGAUACUUAGAAAGAUCACAACACGCCAAUCCAAUUCUCAAAAAAAGUGUCUCCUCCCCAUUCAUGAACACCACAUCAGAAACAUACUCCCUCUCUGAAGUUAAAAAACAUAAAACCUUUGAUUCAGCUUGGAUCAUUGUCCACGGCCAGGUCUAUGACUGCACACGCUUCCUUAAAGACCACCCUGGCGGCUCCGACAGCAUCCUCAUCAACGCCGGCACCGAUUGCACGGACGAAUUCGAAGCCAUCCAUUCCGACAAGGCAAAGAAAUUGCUCGAAGAUUAUAGAAUUGGGGAGCUUGUUACCACUGGCUACACCUCAGAUUCAUCCUCCCCAAAUAAUUCCAUUCACGGAAAUUCCGAAUUUACCCAUCUCGCCCCUAUCAAAGAAAUCACAACACCACCACACCCUGUGGCUCUUCACCCACGUGAGAAAAUCCCAUGCAAGCUUAUUUCAAAAACCUCAAUUUCACAUGAUGUAAGACUCUUCCGUUUUGCAUUACCUUAUGAAGACCAACAAUUGGGAUUACCCAUUGGGAAACACAUUUUCUUAUGUGUUGCCAUAGAUGGGAAACUAUGCAUGCGAGCUUAUACUCCAACGAGUAGUGUCGAUGAAAUUGGGUAUUUUGAUUUAGUUGUCAAAAUUUACUUCAAAAACGUGCACCCUAAGUUUCCUAAUGGUGGACUUAUGUCACAAUAUUUGGACUCACUUACUAUUGGGUCAAUAUUGGACGUAAAAGGUCCAGUGGGUCACAUUGAGUAUAUUGGAAGUGGAAACUUCAUGGUUCAUGGGAAACAAAGGUUUGCGAAGAAACUAACUUUUAUAGCUGGUGGGACCGGGAUCACACCUGUUUAUCAAGUGGCGCAAGCGAUAUUCAAUGACAGCGAUGACCGUACAGAAAUAUAUGUUGUUUAUGCGAACCGGACGGAGGAUGAUAUAUUGAUGAGGAAAGAGUUGGAUUUGUGGGCGAAGGUUUAUAGUGAUAGGUUCAAGGUUUGGUAUGUUGUGGAAAGUGCUAAAGAAGGGUGGGAAUAUAGUGUAGGGUUUAUUACGGAGAGUAUCAUGAGGGAGCAUGUUCCUUUGGCAAGUCAGGAUACUUUGGCUUUGGCUUGUGGGCCACCACCUAUGAUUCAGUUUGCUGUGCAGCCUAAUUUGGAGAAGAUGGGGUAUGAUAUUAAGAAGGAUUUGCUAGUGUUUUAGGGCAUAAAGUAAGAUAUAGUAGAUUUUAAUUGUGUAUGGUAUACUUGUAUUAUCUGUUAUUGUUAGCUGUAUCGUUUGUUUCAUUCUUAGUAUGGUGAAGCAAAAAAAAUUGAAAAUUUGUAGGAGGCUUUACUCUUCUUCCUUCUCAUGCUUUGAUGUGGAUAGGUAGUCAAGAUACUUUGACUGCUUAGAAAUAAUAUAUGUAAAUAUAAGUUAUAUGUGGAAUUUCCAUUUCCAUUUUCCAUGCA